AGUCUGCUGUCUCAUGUCUGUACCUACUACCUACAUAAAUAAAAAUGAAAUAUAGGAAUUAGGAAGUCUCAAAUUGACAAAUUGGAAUUUGGAUAGAAACAUCAAACAACGAGAGCUGUGUAGUGUGUUUAGUAUUUGUAUCAUUUUUACUGUAGAGUGUGGAUUGUUUUAAAAGUGUAGAUAUUGGAAAUUAAGAAUAAAGUGGUUCGGGAGUGAUGUUACAGCGAUGGUGUUUGGGUUGAGGUGAAAGUGAGCCUAUUUAGGAGAAGGAAGGUGGGCGCAGCCGUGCAGCAAGGAUGGGCGUUGGUCUCCAACCGCUGGAAUUCACUGAGUGCCUGGCGGACAGCCCUCACUUCCGCGAGAAUCUGCAACGGCACGAGAAGGAGCUAGACCGUACCAGUCAGCAGAUCAAACGGCUCAUCAAAGAGGUCAAGGAUGUCGUGCAGGCUGCUAAAAGACUGGGCGCGGCGCAGCUGGCUCUGGCGGGCAGUAUGGAGCAGUUCGAGUUCGCCAGCAUCGGCGCCUCCAUGACGGAGGACGAGCGCGUCAUCAGCCGCUCGCUGCAGCACUUCGCGACCCUCAUCCGCAGCAUCGAGGACGAGCGCGACCGCAUGCUGGGUCGAGCCAACGAACAGAUCAUCCAACCGCUGGAGAAAUUCAGAAAGGAGCACAUCGGUGCCGUAAAGGAAGGCAAGAAGAAGUUCGAUAAGAAAACAGCAAAGUUCUGCCAGAGCCAGGAGAGGACUCUGUCCCUCUCUACCAAGAAACAGGAGAAUGUCUUCCAGGAGGCGGAUGCGGCGAUGGAAAUGGCGGAGCGCGACUUCUGCCAGGCGUCGCUGGAGUACGUGUUCCAGCUGCAGGCGGUGCAGGAGCGAGAGAAGUUCGAGCUGGUGGAGACGCUGCUGGGCUUCGUGUUCGGUUGGUGGACCUUCUACCACACGGCGCACGACGUGCACCACGACGCCGAGCCGCUCGUGAGGGACCUGCAGCUGCGGAUACAGCGGACGCGGACCAACUUCGAGGAGACCAGUAAACAGACCGAGUCGCUGAUGAAGAAGAUGAUGGAGAUGAGGCAGAUUCACAAGGAGGAGCACGCGGGCGAGGACGGCGGCGGAGGAGGAGGGGUAGUGGGGGGAUCACGGGCCGGCUACCUGUUCCUCUUGGAGAAGAAGGCUUUCGGCACGACGUGGAGCAAGCAGUACUGCAGCUACGAGCGGACUUCGCGAACCCUACGCAUGCUGCCCUACAACCAGAUCAACCCCAAGUCUGUGGGUGCGUGCGAGAGCGUGCCGGUUGCGGGCGCGCGCGCCGCAGACGCCAGCGUGGAGCGUCGCUUCUGUUGGGAGGCCGUGCCGGCCGAGCGCGAGCGGACGCCACUCACACUGCAAGCACUUGGCGACCGCGACCGCGCCGCCUGGCUGCGGGCGCUGGACCCGCUGCCGCCCGCACGCGACCCUCCCCGCGACCGAGACGCACCACGCCCCGCCGACCUGUGGGGGCUCGACGACGCGGGCUUCGCGUUCGUCCGCCGCCUCGUCGACACGCUGGAGGCGCGGGGGCUGGAGGAGCAGGGCUUGUACAGGGUGGCCGGGGUGUCGUCGAAGGUGUCGCGGCUGGUGGCCCUGGGCCGCGCGGGCCGGCUGCCGUCGCUGUCGCCGCCCGACUGGGAGAGUCGCACGCUGACGUCGGCGCUCAAGGCGUACCUGCGGGAGCUGCCAGAGCCGCUGCUCACGUACCGCCUGCAUCGCCAGUUCCUCGCCGCUGCCAAGUGCGAGCGACGGUCGGAGCGGGUCCGCGCGCUUCACUCGCUGGUACACGCACUGCCGCCUGACAACCUGCGCAUGUUGCGGCUUGUGCUCGCCCACCUGCUCAACGUGGCGGCCGCGAGCUCCAAGAACCUGAUGAGCGUUUGCAACCUGGCCGUGUGCUGGGGACCCACGCUGCUGCGGCCCGAGCGAGAGACCGUGGCCUCCAUCCUGGAGCUCAAGUUCUACAACGUGCUGGUGGAGUCGCUGCUCAACCACUUCGCCGAGAUCUUCGACCCCGUGCCGCCCAGAGCUACCCCGUCUCCCGUGCCGAUCUCGUCUCGCACCGACAUAUCGUCGAGCGGAGUGGGGUUGGUCGCGGGCGCAGCGUGCGGCAACUACGCAGCGCCGCACCACCAGCUGUUGCAGCAGUUCGCGGGGCCGCCGAUAGCUGGCGUCGCGCACAGAGGGCCGUCCGCACGCUGCAGCAGCAGCUCGGAGUCCGUGUCGAGUGCGUCGCCGCCGCCGCCCGCGCCCCGCGCCCCGCCCGGGCCCCGCCCCCCGCGCGCGCCGGGCCCGCUCCAGUACGCGGGCGGCGGGGCGCGCGUGCGCACGUUGUACGCCUGCCUGGGCGAGAGCGACGGCGAGCUGUCGUUCGAGCCGAACCAGAUUAUCACCAACGUGCACGCGUCGGGCGAGCCGGGCUGGCUGCGCGGCACGCUCAACGGCGCCACCGGCCUCGUGCCCGAGAACUACGUCGAAACCCUGCCGUGACCGCGACCGUGACCCGCGCUGACCGCGACCGCGACCGUGACCCGCGCUGACCGCGACCGUGACCUCGCAUUGACCGCGACCCGCCCUGCCGCGCCCCGCGCCGCGCUACCGAGCGCAGCUAGGCCGCUGUGCCGCUGUUUAGAUAUCAAUAUAUUUUUGUAAAUUUGUAUAUGGUGUACAUAACUUUUGUUAUUGCCAAUUUUUUAACUAUUUAUAGUGAGUUGUUGUUACUUUUCUACCAAAUAUACUGUAGUUGUACUGCGAAUGUUCCAAUUGUAGAUUUUGUAUUAUAAGAUAAGAUAAUAUAUAACGUAUUACUAAUUUUA